AUGUAUCAACAUGUUUGUGAGGGCGGAGCAUCGCUGCGCGCUUCCCUUGCUUUGUUGCCUCUGCUUGGAAUUACCUGGCUGUUUGGCUUUCUAGCAAUCAGUAAUGGUACUCUGGGAACAUUUGUAUUUUAUUACCAUUGCCUUAAAUAUAAAGACGUGAAAAAUUAUUAUCGAAGAUUUCUUACAAAAUGUCGGAUUACUGUCAGCUCUAUGAAAAUUUCCGAUGGUAGUAAAAGUCAUAAUACUAGAGCAAAAGAGGAGUAUUUUAAGAAUUCAACUUGUGUUUUAAAAUUUAUUAAGAGUUAA